CAAAAAACCAAACAAAACUAUAAACAGUUCCACUGUAGAAAAGUCUGGACUCAACCUCAGCGUUUCCUUUCUAGUCUGGACUCAACCUCAGCGUUUCCUUUCUCCGUCACUCACUCUCUCUUAAACUCCACUUUUGUCCGCGGCGUUUCGUCUCCAACACACAAAUUCCUCCAUUUUCUCUCUCUUCUGCAACGACCCAUUAUUAUUUAUAAAAUUCACAAAAAUAAAAUAAAAAUUAAUUUUAAAUAAAAAUUAAAUCUUUCGUUUUUUUUUUAAUUUUAAUUUUGGUUUUUUUUUUAAUCGAAUUGAAACCCUAGAAAGCGGGAGAAGAACAACAGCUAAAACCCUAGUUUUGUUUUGGCGAAAAGAGAGAGAGAAAAAGAGGAAAUCUGAGUUUUUUUUGGUUUUGGUGAUUAAUCGAUUUUCUGGGAAAUUUGUGUGUUUUUUUUAAAUAAAUUUGAUAAGAUAAUGUCGACGACGCCAUAUCGUAGUCAUAGCGGUGAUAGGUUUUACUACCCGCCGGCGGUGCGACGGCAGCAGCUUCAACAACAACAGCAGGAGCAGCAACAACAGGUUAUGGUGCAGAAGCAGCAGCAGCAGGAGAGAGAUGAGAUUAGGCGAGAGAAACAUCAUAAUCACAAUCACAAUCAGAAUCAGAAUCAGCCGCCUCAGCAGCAGCCGCAGCAGCGGCGGAAGAAGGCGGCGGAUAUGGUGGUUCAGCAGCCGCCACCACCGCAGCAGCAGCAGCAGCAGAGAGUGAAGAGUCCAUCUUCGUCGUCAGAGAAUCGAGUGGAAUCUGAUGAUUGUGCUUCCACGGCGACUACCACGACGACGACACCUGCUGCGUCGGUGUCGUCGCAUUCGACGAAUUUGGAUCGGUUUUUGGAGCAUACUACUCCGUCGGUCCCCGCUCAGCACUUCUCUAAGACGAGCAUGAAGGGAUGGAGAACUCAGGAUGAUGAGUUUCGACUGUACUUUGUGCUUGGUGAUCUCUGGGAGUCUUAUAAGGAGUGGAGUGCAUAUGGGGCAGGAGUGCCGCUUUUGUUAAAUGGAAGCGACUCCGUUGUGCAGUAUUAUGUUCCAUAUUUAUCGGGCAUUCAGUUGUACAUAGACCCAUCAAAGCCCUCUCCAAGAACCAGAAUACCUGGGGAGGAGAGUGAUGAGUCAUCUAGAGAAACUAGUAGUGAUGGCAGCAGUGAUUGUGAAACCGAAAGAGGAGCUUGCAAUUUUGCUGCAUGGAACCAGCAGGAACUUGCCGAUUCUACUCAACAAGAUAUGAAGGCACUUUCUCUGAGAUAUAAACCCUUCAAUGGUUCAUCCAGUGAUGAAGGGGACUUUUCCAGUUCUCCUGGUGUUCUUACCUUUGAAUAUUUUGAGCGUGAUCCUCCCUACAGUAGGGAGCCAUUGGCUGACAAGAUAUUGCUUCUUGCAUCACGUUUUCCGGAACUAAAAACGUACAGGAGCUGCGAUUUAUCUCCAUCAAGUUGGAUUUCUGUUGCUUGGUACCCGAUAUACAGAAUUCCAACUGGUCCAACCCUCCAGAACUUGGAUUCCUGCUUCUUGACUUUUCACUCCCUCUCAACACCUCUUCGUGGUGGACAGAGUGAGUGGCGAAGUCAGAAUGGUUCAUGCCCAAGGGAGAUUCCAAAUGGGUUGAAUAAGAUACCAUUGCCGAUAUUUGGAAUGGCGUCAUAUAAGUUCAAAAUCUCGGUUUGGGAUCAAAACGGAGUUGAUGACUCGCAGAAGGCUAAUUCCCUGUUGCAAGCUGCAGAUGAGUGGCUCCGGCUUCUAAAUGUGAAUCACCCUGAUUACAGCUUCUUUGCCUCUCACAACUUUAACUGGAGAUGAGAGCCAGAUGAAGCGGUGAAAGAGAAGACUCCUUUGCUCAGCUGACUAAAAGUAUUUUAAAAAAAGUUGUUGGCUGAGAAUCCAGAAUCCCAUCUCAGCCUACUUUCUGUUCCUGAAUCUGCAACUUUGGUUAUGCAAUCUGCAAUUACUUGUAUUUUGGAAGGAAGUUGUUUUAGAAACAUCAGCUUUUGGUGACUUGCAAGCUCGGCUUACUGGCGGCGAGGGAUGAAGUUUAUCUAUCUAUCUACGCCGUGUAAUUUGCUAAAUAACUUUGCAGUACCGAAACUUUCUGAUGUGAAACAGUUGUUUAUGAGGAUGGGAUUCUAUUCCUAGGCAUGUUGAAAGUCUACGGGCUUUUGUUUGCCAGUGUAUGACUAGGCUCUGCUUUCAUUUUAUUUUUUUUUAAAAAAAGAAAAAAGAGUAGAUAUCAUAUGAGCAAGGUAUUAUUUGUACAAAUACAUGCUAUGCUUUGAAUGGAUAAGUUACUGGUCA